AUUUGCAAAAUUCCGUUGUUUUUGUCUUUGUCUUGCUGAAACAUGUUUUUUUUUUUUCAUUUCAUGAAAUCCUUUGACAUAGUUUUUUGUUUUUUUAUUUUUUAUGUUUGUCUGAAUCUUAUCUAUUAUUGUUCUAACAAAAAGCAAAAUUUGGAAUUAUCGACAUAAUCAAUCAAUAAAAUUACAAAAAUAUAUCAUAAACAGUUAGUAUUACAAUAAAUGAUAUAUAAAUUUUGUUUUCUUUGUAAUUAAAAUAUAUUUUUUAUUUCCAAAAAAUAAAAUAAAAUUUGUGCAACCAACCAACCACCAGUCAAGAAACACGUUUUCAAGCGGCGAUUGCGCGCUUCAACGGGUGGAGGUGGGUAUAGCUGUACCUUAAACACGCUCCGUUGUUUUUGUAAGAUAAUAAAUAAAAUAAAAAUUGUCAAAGCUUUUUUAUUUUUUAAAUUAAAAUUAACUUUGAUUAUAUAUUUUAUUAUUUUUCAUUUUAAAAUUGUCCGCGCGAAAUUCAUGUGUGUCGUGUUUCACUGCUUGUCUUGCUGUUUUCGUUCUGGGCCAGGGUCGGUGGAACACAUGCCCAUGAUGUAGAUGGGGUCCACAUUAAUGGUUUCUGAAGCUUAGCUAGAACUUGCUCUGGAAAAUGGCUGCUUCUGGGGUUAAUUCUAGCAAGCAAAUGAAGAGGUUGGAAUCAAGGAAAUCACAUUCUUGGUGGUGGGAUAGUCAUAUUGGUCCCAAGAAUUCUAGGUGGCUCUCUGCAAAUCUUGAAGAAAUGGACCGGAGUGUGAAACGGAUGUUGAAGCUGAUAGAAGACGAUGCGGAUUCAUUUGCUAAAAAAGCUGAAAUGUAUUACAAGAAGAGACCACAGUUGAUUUCUUUGGUUGAGGAGUUUUACCGUAGUUACCGAGCCUUGGCAGAACGCUAUGAUCAUGUGACGGGAGAGUUGCGGAAGAAUGUACAAACUGAUCUCCAAUCUCAAGGCUCAGGUUUUUCAGACACCGGCUCUGAACCGUCUUCGGCUUUGCCCUCUCCAAAUGUAGCUCAUACAAAAUCUGGUAACCGAGCUGCUGGGUUUGACUUCUUUCUGGGAUCUGGUGGAAAUGCUUCUGAUAUAAACCAAAAAGACGGAGAUGAGUCCUCAAGUGUGACGGAUUCUGAGGAAGAAUCUGAUGAUUCAUCAUCGGUCAACAAUUAUUCAGCUUUCUCGCGGAAUGGUAGUGAUCCGGGGAUGAACAGAAGAAUAUCUGAGUUGGAAAAUGAACUACGUGAGGUAAAAGAAAAGCUAUGGACACAGGAAGGGGACCAUGCGGAGGUUUCCGUUUCAUCUAGUGAGGCUAGAAUUGAGAAUUUCGAAGAUGCUUAUGCUAAAAUUAAUGCUUAUGAACACGAUUUAGUGAUUGUGAAUGAAAAGUUAAGGAUGUCAGAAGAAGAAAUCACUAAACUAAAGAUUGAACUCGAAAACUACAGAUCCUUGGGUUCAGGAAAUAUCGAUGCUAGUGUCGAUAAGGAACUGGAGGUUCAAGGAAGCAUUGAUGGUGUGGAUAAGGAAUUGUUCGAGCCGAGUAAUGACACCGUGGCACUUACAGAUGAGCUUCGAAUCGCGAAAGAAAAUCUCAAGGCUUCUGAAAUGCAGGUUGCUUCACUGAAAACUGAGGUGAAUAAAUCCAAGGAAAGAAUUCAACAGCUGCAGGAACAACUUGACUUGGCUCGAAAGGACAUUUCAUCUUGGAAAACCAAAUUCAGCGCCGAGAAAAGAGAGAGCACGAAAUUCCAAGAAAGACUUGCGAGGUUAAGGAGUAGUUUAUCAGACCGGGAUAACGAGAUCCGGGAGUUGAAAACAGCUGUAUCGGAUGCCGAGGAGAAAAUCUUCCCAGAGAAAGCUAAUUUGAAGUUGGAAAUGUCCAAAUUAUUGGAGGAACAAACGCAUUUAAAAGAGCUGAUCAGAGAAUGGGAAUGCCGCGGCCGAUCUUUUGAAGAGGAGAUCAGAAACAUUCAAUCCGAAAGGAUCGAGAUGGAGGCAGAAUUCAAAGACAGAAUCGAGUUACUCAAGGCAGAAAUCAAGCAGAGAGAAAACAACAAAAAAGAACUCAUUGCAAUCCUUGAUGCCUUAAAGUCAGAGAGAGAUAAUCUCAAUAUCGUAAUAAGUUCACUCAAGGAAGAUGUGAACUCUAGAGACGGAAGGAUCGAAAGUCUCGAUCAACAUUUGAACGAAUUACAUAUGGAACAUGUACAACUGAUUUCCGGAAUGGAAGAAACACGCAGACAAGUAGAAGAGAUAAAAACAAAAGCUAAAAAACUCGAGGAACAGGUCGAAAGGCAAAAAUCGGAGAUCUUAGAAACAGCCGAGGAGAAGCGCGAGGCGAUUCGGCAGCUUUGCUUCUCACUUGAACACUAUAGAAAUAACUAUGAUAUGCUUAAGCAGCAGUUUAUAGGGCACAAGAGGGUUCCAAUUUUGGCUGCAUAGUUAGUAUUAAUCUAAAAUGUGAGUUUGUAUAAUUUUGAUAUUUUCACGUAUAAAGCUGAAUUGAACUAAGUUUGUAUCUUAAUGUAAAGUGGGGUACCCCACUACCCCUUGUCUACUACCAUCUUUUAAUACAUUUUGCUUGAAAAAACGAAGAAAAAAGAACACUUAGAUGUGUGUACUGUGUGAUACAUGUCUUGUCUAAUGGGAAUUAUUACAUAAGCUUUUUCA